CAACUAUAGAAAAAAAUUAACUAGUUUAAUUAUAAGUAAGUUGUGAUUUGUAAUAUUUUGAAUGAAGACACUCAAUUGUAGACUUUUUGACUUUUGAUUGUUUCUAAAAAAUGGAAAAUUGUAGCCUAAAUUUGAUUUGUAGUAGUUUGAAUGAGUAUACUUUUUUAUGUAUCCUUUCUGUCAAAAGAUAUCAACUUACCUCCUUCAGGUUAGAGUUACUGAGUCAGUAUCUUUUCUAUUCUUUGGAGUAAUAAAAAAGAGAAAUAUAUUAAUCUUGGAUCUUAGAGGAAGUAACUUCAUUUGAACAUUUAACACCUACACUAAUGUUCCAACAGUUUUAAUAAAUACUAUAAAUCAUUAAUUAGAAUGAGGGGGUUAAGGAAAAGCUAGAAUAGGCUCUGAGGAAGUGACAAAAUUCUUAUAUCUCUUUGAUGAGUGGAGGAAGUGGGAGCACGUGUAACCAGAGGACUGCAUCUGGUUUCUCUUAGUUUUCGACUGCAGACCAUGGACUAGAUCAAACUUAAGAACUGUUGCACUUUUUAGGAUUACUGAAUUUUGUUUCAACUGAUUACAUUGCCUGAUUCUGUAGACAUUCUGCUAUGAACUGGAUAGGAAACUAUUGACUUCAAUGACAUGCUAUUUGUUAAAAAGUGCUGGUCAUCACCUGCCCCUACUUUGUUGUACCAUAUGUAGGUUAAGAGAGGAUUGGUUUGACUAAUCACCACAAAAAAAGAAAAAACAUGUCACUUGUUCAUUUUUGUUCCAUGGUAGAUAUGCAAUCAAUUUGGCAGAGAUUAUGUGCAGCAUUUAACUCCCUUUGCUGGCACCAUUGAUACUGAUUGUGUUAAUCUGAUGAAGCUAUUUUGAUGUGUUUUUCAAGAAUAUCUUGUGGUGACAAGUUGGUUCUGAGCUUUAUUUCUGAUAUUUCUUUGUUGGAAUUGUUACCAAAUCUCAUGGGAGGCCUAAUAGAUAUUGUAAGGUUUUGAAGGUAAAUUUCUUUUGAGUUAUAGUAAGUAGUCGACAUUAGGAUAGGUAUAAAACUACUAACCUGGUCUAUGAAGUUUUAUCUGGCCAUUGUUAACAGGAUGGGAGGUGUUUUGUACCUUGGAAUUGAUGAUUAUAGACAAGAUGUUGGUAUAACAGGUGAUUUUGUAUAAGCCUACCUGAUAAUUGAGUUGACUGCUGCCGGCUAAUAAGGAAAUUUCUAGGGUUUUUUCUUUUUGCAGUAAUUGUUCGUGAUGUAUUUUACAACUUACCUGUUCGAAGGAAGCAAAUGCACUCCAAGUUCUUCUAGUUUUCUCAAAAUCAAACAAGUAAAAAAUAUUGCUUUACAUACUUUACUUCUAAAGCUGUACUCUGAUCUGAUUGAUCUUUUGGUGUGCAUAUAUAAUCUUGAAGUCCAAGUAGGGUCUUGCAUUCUCCAAAAGAGUCUCUGCUAAGAAUCUCCCUUGCGCAUCGCAGUGCCUCCUUCAAAAUUGUUGAUAUUGAAAGUGAGGAUGACCUGCUGUUGUCUAGUGGGUUUGGAAUUCAUCUGAGUUCCCUUAAUAAAUUGAAUGCAAGUGUUGGUGCAUUCGAACUUUCAGGAUAACUCUCAGGUCCUGGUGUUUAAACAGUGAACCUAUGCAGCCCCAAAUUGAUGGAUAAAGAGAUGUGAUAAGUCCUCUUUUCUACACUUUGUUUAUUGACUUUUUGAUUUCUGACCAAGUAUUUUUUAAAAUGAUAUGGUUCUUUGGCUUUUCUCUCUGGUUUUCUUGAAAUUCCUAAUAGAUUGUUUUUGCAUACAUUGGGCAUGCUUGUUGAUAAGUUUCUGAAGCCAUUCUGGAGGAUUUCUCCCAUUGAUAUUACCAAGUGGCUUAACUAUAUCUUUUCUCAGAUUUGGCAACCGGAGCUUUGCAUAUGAGAGGCACCCUCAUAGAUAUGAGGUGGAUCCUGAUAUGGUGCAGCAAUUUGAAGAUGCUGGCCUUUCUUUCACUGGCAAAGAUGAAAGUGAUCGCCACAUGGAGGUAUCUGUUGCUAUAGACAUUGGGACCUGAAUUGUGAAGGCGGAUGACAAUGGAUCUGGUGUCUCACGAGAUGGACAGAUGCUGAGGAGAGAAUGAUAUGGUUCUUCUUAAUUCUAUUAUGAUUGAGAUGAUUUGACACAUAUGCUUUCUCUUGGUGAAGAGAAUCUUAAAAUUAGUUGCUACCACGAGCUAUGUUCUCCUCUAGGGUGGAUGGGGACUCACAUAAAUGGAUUGACGCUGGAAAUCGAGGUAAAACAGAUGAGCUUAUAAGGAAGAAGAAGAAUAGAAGAAGUCAUUCAGCUCCUCCAUUUUACCGAGACAAGAAGAAGUUCUUUGCCACAACUGAGUCUUCAAGAAAGGCAGCAGGAAAUAGCAACAUUUAAACUGUUUAUGAUGUGCUCAUGCCAGAAUCUAGAGCUGUAAGGAGACUGCAUCAUUCUGCAGAAGCUAUCUGCGCGGAGCUUCCACUCAGUCAUCCCAUCAAUGUGCUCAAUCUUCCACCCAAAAUGUGGCCAAGUGUUAAAAUGAAAUUUGUUAACAUCUGGAAUAGAAAAUUACAAACUCAAGGGGAUUGCACAAGUACAUGCGAUGGGGAGUCAAAAGAAGAGAUCAUGGCUAUUCUUCGUAUGAUCAAGAAGUCUUCUGCAACUAGAGAUAUUCCCAAGGGUCAUUUUGCUGUGUAUGUUGGGGAGAUGCAGAAAAAGAGAUUUGUGAUCCCCAUAUCAUUCUUGAGCGAACCUUUAUUUCAAGACUUGCUUAGUCAAUCUGAGGAAGAAUUUGGCUUCGACCAUCCAAUGGGUGGUGUGACUAUUCCCUGCAGCGAGGAUUUGUUCAUCGAUCUCACAUCUCGAUUGCGGAAGUGAGAAGGAAGCCAGUCCCCAUUUUUUUAAUUACACAAUUUUGUAUAGCUGUAGUAAGCCAGGAUAGACACUGUGUACAGUUGAGAGUUAGAAGAAACACUAGGUAGACUAAGGACACAUUUUUCUACUUCAAAAGAAAUUGAAGUAAUGAAACUUUUUACUUACAUGGUUUCAUUCUAUACCAUACAUUGAUGUAA